AUGCAUCGCAUCAGGAGCUCUCGCCGCGCGGUGGGGCUCAAACCUGCCGACUACGAUCAUACCAUUGAUCUCGUCGAUCACGAUGCCGACACGGCUCCCGACGCUUCUCUGGCCAGGACGUCUACUGAGGCACGCCUCCUGCCAUCCGACAACGUCGCAUCGCAGUCGACGUCGGAUGCCCAAUCGUCACAAUCAGCUACCGGUCGCGACACGGAACGUGACGACGAUGCGCAAACGCAGCAGCCCCAGCAGGGGUCCUGCAUGUCCCUCGACGGUCAACAUGAUCUACCUCAUCCUGCCAUGAAACCGUCAAUCGAGGUUCGAGCACCGAGCUCGGACGGCCUACACGGUGACGACGUCGUACCCGAGCACCCCAAGGUCGAGCGCGAGACGGCCAUGGAUAUUCUGUACGAGAACGAGAGGGGAUCUCUUCUAUGCGGCUGUCCAAUGUUCUCAUCAGGUCUGCUCAGCGGCUUCGAUCCCCCUCACUGGACAAAUGCCUAUCACAAACCCUCACCAAGCGAUACGACCACAGCCCAGGUCCCCGAUCCGACGUGGGAGUGGGUAUGGCCCGAUUGGCACAUCAACCGCCAGGAGGGUGUCGACGAGGGGGGCUGGGAGUACUCCUUCGCCUUUGGCAACAUGUUCUCCUGGCACGGACCGAAGUGGUACAAUUCGUUUGUGCGCCGACGCGCCUGGACCUGCAAGCGGGCCAAGAAGAGGACAGGGGACAUCUCUACCGACCCGCACAUGAUCAAUGGCGACUACUUUUCCGUGCAGCCCACGUCAGCCCUGACCAAACAGCUGUCGCGCCGGAGCCCUGCCGGCAGCCGGCCCGCCAGCCACAUGACGGUGUCAUCGCACGACGAACAGGCUUCCUCUGAGAUCGAGGACCUCGAUACCCUGCUGCCGACGCUGCGCAGGGCCGCUCUCGACCGAGAGAAGCUCGAGGCCACCAUCCAAUAUCUCGACCACGCACGGGACCUCGACCAGCUACAGGGCGAGAUGCACGGCAUCAUGAGAUGCUUUGUGUUUCAAGCCUCGCGGCGGCUCCUGCUCGGCCACAUUAUGAGACUGUAUAACAGUACCAAGGGGGAGCUAGACGAUGAUGAUGCCAAGAAUGAGGGCAGCAAGAAGGAGGGAGACGAUAAGAAAAAGGAAGAGGGAGGAGAAGGGGGGGGGGAAGAGGGGACGCCGUCGGCACCAGAGCUGCGGGACCGUUGCAGAGCCCUCGAGGCUGCCCUCAAGCAUGCAGAAGAGGAGGUCCGCAAGUUGGCCUAUUGGAGCGAUGUCAAGCAGAUGGCCGACAGAGGCAUAGCUCGACCGCACGAGCACGAGAACGAAGACAAGGACGGUGGUCCAUGUAACGCCUGGGAAGGGCUAGAUCAUAGUGGUCCAUCGGGGCCAAAUGGUGAUAAGCUGCCGGGGACGGAUGCACCAUAA